AACGGCCGCUUGGACUACUACGUAUUUUGAAUUCUUUUUCCGUUUAAAUCGUAACAGAAGAAUGUGUCGUGUUUAGGAUAGGGCACAAACUUUUAUGCGGUGAGUGAAACAUACGGUUUUAUUGAUGUGUCAAAAGUCAGUGCUGCUAAUAUAAAGGAAACAUGCUCAACUCACGAGUUGCAAAGAAAGAGAAAUCACAAAACAUACAAGUUUUUAUUCGCGUCAGGCCUAUAAAUGCAGCCGAGCAGAAUAGUAAAUCGUCAACAAUAGUAGAAGUUCCAAAUAACAAAGAAGUAGUAGUACAUGAAUUUCCAAAGGAUAAUUCUACAAAAAGAUUUAAAUUUGAUCAUGUAUUUGGACCUUUUUCGAAACAGAUCGAUGUCUACACUGCUGUUGUUAGCCCAUUAUUGGAGCAGGUUUUGGCUGGAUAUAAUUGUACAGUAUUCGCAUAUGGGCAAACUGGUACUGGAAAAACCUUCACAAUGGAAGGAAUCAAUACGGAUCCAACUCUACAUUGGCGAAGUGAUUCAUCUGCUGGCAUGAUUCCACGGUCUUUAAGUCACUUGUUCGACGAAUUACAAUUACUAGAAGCACAGGAAUACACAAUUAGAGUUAGUUUCCUAGAACUGUAUAAUGAGGAUUUAUUCGAUCUUCUGUCAGCUACAGAUGAUGGCUCUAAAAUAAAAUUGUAUGAAGACACAUCGAAGAAAGGUGCAAUUAUUAUUCAUGGAUUGGAAGAAAUAACAAUACACAGUAAAAGUGAAGUUUACAAGAUUCUUGAGAAAGGAUUAGAAAAAAGACAAACUGCUGCAACAUUGAUGAAUGCUCAAUCUAGUCGAUCGCAUACAGUAUUUUCGAUUACGGUACACAUGAAAGAAAACAGCAUCGACGGUGAUGAAGUUUUGAAAACGGGUAAAUUAAAUUUGGUAGAUCUAGCAGGUAGUGAAAAUGUGGGUAGAUCUGGUGCUGUUGAUAGAAGGGCGAGAGAAGCUGGUAGUGUUAAUCAAUCGUUAUUAACACUCGGUAGAGUUAUAACAGCUCUUGUUGAAAGAGCACCUCACAUACCUUAUAGAGAAUCUAAGCUCACAAGAUUGUUACAAGAGUCAUUAGGUGGACGCACAAAGACAUCAAUUAUUGCAACCAUAUCCCCUGCUUGUAUAAAUCAUGAGGAAACCCUGUCCACGUUAGAUUAUGCUCGCCGUGCGAAAAAUAUCACCAAUCGCCCCGAGAUAAAUCAGAAGUUAUCGAAGAAAGAAUUUCUCAAACAAUAUACUUCAGAAAUUGAAAGACUGCGGCGAGAUUUAUUGGCUACACGUGAAAGAAACGGUGUUUAUCUUGCAGAUGACAAUUACAACAAAAUGGUAACAUUAAUCGCUUCACAGAGGAAAGAAAUAGAGGACAAAAUUAAUCACAUAAAAGCUUUGGAGAGAACUAUGCAAGAUAAAGAGAAAAUAUAUAAUGAACUUAAUGUACAAAACAACGCACAAAUGCAAGAAUUACACAAAACUAUAGACAAAUUAGUUAAUACUGCAGAAGCUUUAAAGUCAACGCAUCACAAAUUGAAACACACAGUACAAGAAAGAGAUGAACAAAAAUAUUUACUAGAAAAACAUAUUAACACAGAACAAGCUUUACUAUCUCAAGCUCAAUCACUGGUAAAUAUUGCGGAUAUGGCAACCGCAGAUUCUCAAAAACUACAUGAAAAAAUUGAUCGUAAAAAAUAUGCAGAACAAAAGUUUGAAGAUCUUGGAGAACAAUUUAGAGAUAGUAUUCGUCACUCUUUCGAAGGUAUUGAAAGUGACAUCUAUAGAUAUGGACAAAACUUAAAGAAAUUUUGUACAUCGAUCAGAAAUAAUAUCGACGCUAAAACCAUUAUGAAGUCGGGAGUUACUAAUCCAGAGAUGCAUCUAAUUCAAACAGAUCUAUUAAUUGACAAUUUAAAAGGGAAAAUAAGUGAAUCCUAUUCAAGUUAUCAAAAUUGGAAGAAAGAUAAGAUGUGGAGUGCAGUAGAAUCGAUAGAAAAGGAGCAUGAACUUUUCCAUAACGUUUGUCUAACAUCGACAGAUAAGAUUAAUGGAAUAAUUGAAACCGAAAUUAUCAGAAAUUUGCAAUUUGUGAAACAGAAUGUAUUAGAUAAAGUAAAAGAAACUGCAACUCAAGUAAAUGAAAUGAUAAAUUCUCUUUGCAAUGAAGAAAAGAAUGCUUAUGACAGUGUACUUAGAAAUAUUGAAAUUAUCAAAAAAGAUGCAGAUGAAAUAUGUAAGCGGCAAGAGUUUACGGAGAAACACCGUUCAUUUGCAAGGAUGAUGGAGAAUGUAACUUCCGAGUUCAAUCUUUUAGAGAAGGAUAAAAACGAACAUUUCUCUAUGGUAACUAGUAAAUGUAAUUACGUUUGUGACGUUUGUGAUCAAGCAAACGAUCACUCGACGGAUACUUGUAGUAACAAUAUAAAAUUGGAAAAUACUCUACGAGAACAAGUACAAACUCAUUUGGAAGAAAUUGCAUAUAAUGUAAUUACUGUAAUAGAAAAGAAUGAAACCCUAGUAAACGCAACUGUAACAGAAGGGAAGAAUCUGGUGAACGAAUUGCAAUCUAAUAUUAAUGCAAGCUCUGAUGUUUUGAAGCAGUAUAAAAAUCUUAUAGAAUGUAAUGAGGAAGAACUGCAGCAAGAAAUGGAUGACGAUAAGAAUAAAGCUCUUGGUCUAUUGGAUGAUGCUUUUAAAAUAUUCGACAAUGCAAAUAAAAAUUAUGAGAGUGUGAUAAAGAACGAGGAAAAUGAACUUAUUAAUACAUACGAAAAAAUAUCGAGUAUCUCGGAAAAUUUAAUCACAGAAUCAACAGAAUGUUGCAACGAAAAUAUUGAACAAUUGCAUGUAGCUGUGAGAGAAGUUAAUCAAUUCUUUGAUGACGAAAUACAACAUGAUGUACCCACAGGAACAACUCCUGCUAGAAAAGAAUUUUCUUAUCCUCGACAAUUUACUGUAACAUCACCGCAUGAACGAAUUCUUAAAAAAUUUAGAGAAACCAGGAAAUUAGUUGAAACAUCAGAAGAUUAUAAUGACUUGGAUGGUGAAAUAACACUAAAACAAAUUGCAAACUCGACCAGUAUAUCUAAUGUUACGAUGAUAUCGUCAACACUAGACAAUACAAGAUAUUCCACAUCCUCUACGAACAGUGAAUUAUUAUCGAAGCAUUCCAACUCAUGCAAUUCUUUGGACUCCAAUGAACAUUUCACAUCAACAUUGAAUAUGUCAGAAGUACUCGUUCAAUCAAAGAGUUUAGAUUAUUUACAGAGUGAAGAUAAGGAGAAUCGCAGUUGUAAUUCUCUUCCUUGUAAAAAAAUAAAAGAUACAGAACCAUUGAAACUCAAAAAGAUAAAUUGAGCAGCAUUAGAAGAAUCAAACAUAUAUUCGUCUUUUCUUGAAAUUCUUGAAUUCUUUAAGAAUUCGAAGCUCGAGAAUAGUCAAAUCUUAAACUUAAUCUACUACUAUUCGUAGUAUCUACUUCGUAGAUUUAAAAGAAAUUCAUGAAUUCGUGUACACUUUCUUCUAUGUUAGAUGCUCUCUUCACUCAUUUAUCAAAAUAUCUCUAUGUUAACACCUUCAUACUUCAUAAUCACUUGCAUUCUAACAAAAAUAUAAGAAAUUUAAAUCAUUA